AUGAAUACCAAAAGAUGCAAAUUGUUUCGGCUAUAUGUCAUUACCAUUGCCCUCGUCUUCAUAAUCAUUUCUUUGUACGCAAAAAAUUCAAACAUAACUACUAUUCUCUCUUUCUCAAAUUCAAAUCUCGAUAUUGUCAAAAGGGCCAUCGAGCCAAGUGGAAUUUACGAGUUCUUAUCUAUCAUAAACCAAAAUUUUAACCCUCUUCAUAGUCGACAAAAGCUAUCUUGUGAUGAAAACAAGUGGAAGUCUCCGCUCAUCAAAAAAUAUGGGGUGGCGACUGUUUUGACAGUUGAUCAAAAGGGUUGUGGCACGUUCAAAACCUUUCAAAAGGCCGUCGAUGCUGUUCCUGGAAAUUCCCCAAAACCAACACUUAUAAUAUUUGAUUCGGGCACAUACACGGAGAAAGUAGCAGUGCCAAAAAGUAAGUCUAAUUUGAUAAUUCAAGGCCAAGGUUAUCUCAAUACAUUUCUUUCUUGGAACGCCACUGCAAGCUCAAGCAACGGUACUGUUUUCAGCUACUCUGUUGCCAUUUAUGCUCCAAAGUUCACAGCUUAUAACAUCAGUUUUAAGAACACAGCUCCUCCCUCAAACGGAGAUGCGGCUGGAGGCCAGGCAGUUGCGUUGAAAGUGGCGGGCGAUCAAGCAGCUUUUUAUAAUUGUGGGUUCUAUGGACAUCAAGAUACUCUCCUUGAUUUUCAAGGAAGGCAUUAUUUCAAGAAUUGUUACAUUGAAGGAACAUGGGAUUUUAUAUGUGGAAAUGGUAGAUCACUCUAUGAGAAUUGUACAUUGAACUCGGUAGCAAAGGGCCGUGGAGCAGUAGCAGCACAAAAAAGGGGCUCGUUGCAAGAGAAAACAGGGUUUUCAUUUGUGAAUUGUAAACUUGGAGGAACGGGUAAGAUAUUGCUUGGGAGGGCUUGGGGUGAGUAUUCAACCACUGUGUUCAUAAAAACAUCAAUGACAUCAAUUGUUUCUCCUGAAGGCUGGGAUAAUUGGAAAGAUCCCUCUAGAAAUCAGAAAGUUUUCUUUGGAGAAUAUAACUGCACUGGUCCAGGAGCAAAUCCCAAAGGUCGAGUAAAAUUUGCAAAACAACUAAGCGCUGCAGAUGCAAAACCUUACAUGGAUAUCUCUUACAUAGAUGGAAACGAUUGGCUUCCUAAAGACGUCAAUACUUAG